UCGGAAGCAUUGUUACUCAAUUGUCAAAACAACAAUGGCGGUGUUCUUAGAAUCUUGCUCUUCUUCUACUUGGUUUCAAUUAGAAAAACAAAAUGAUUUAACUCACGAGUAUCUCGUCAACGAGCUAAGUAAGCAGCUCGGCAUUACAACUGUUCCAAAUUUUGCUUGCAAGUUUUUCUAUGGUCAUCAUGAAAUUCUACCGGGAAGCUGUAAUCCCUGGCCUAAAACCGAUACUUUUGUUAGAACGAAUAUAUCUUUGGCAGGUGGAAAAGGUGGUUUUGGGUCCAUGUUAAGAGCCAUUGGAGCCCAGAUUGAAAAAACUACCAAUCGUGAAGCUUGCCGUGAUUUAAGUGGCAGACGUCUCAGAGAUAUCAAUGAAGAAAAAAGGCUUAAAGAUUGGGUGUCUAAACAAGCUGACAGAGAAAAGGAGAGGGAAGACAGAAAGCAGAAAAAGUUGGAGAAACUAAGACAGGAAUAUCACCCUGAAUUUCAUGAUCCUGAAUAUUUUAAAGUGAGAUCAGAAGUAACUGAUAAAGUACAUGAAGCACUAGAACAAGGAAUUCAAGCCUCCAGUUCAUCAUCUGCUGACCCACCCCAGAAGAAACGGAAAGCUUCAGAUGAUGGGCCAGCAUUAAAAAAGACUGCUUUUUGGGUUGGAGUGUCUGAUGAUGAGUCUGACUCAUCAGAAGAUGAAAGUAAAUCUUCAAACACUAGCUGCAAAAUGGAAGAAGGUGAAACUGAAGUGAUAGAAUCCAAAAGUCAAGAAUGUGACCAGGGGUCAACUGAAACAAGUGAAAUCAAAACAUCUGAUACUCCAGUUGAAAUUCCUUCAGCCAGUCCUACCAAAUCUGUGAUUGACACUCCACCUUUGAAUGAGCUUGUUACUGAACAAGCGUCUUCCGACGGAAAACCUGCUAUCCCCGUCGGAACUCCCGUUACUGAACAGAUUGCCGUUCCUACUCCAGCGGAGCCAACAGUGUUUCUACCCAUCAACUUGGAUGACUUUGACAGUUCCAAAUCUUUAGAGGCAUUAGGCCUCAACCAUUUAAAACACGAAUUGCAGAGACUUGGUAUGAAAUGCGGGGGAUCUCUCCCAGAGAGAGCGUCACGUCUCUUCAGCGUUAAAGGACUUUCACCAGACCAGAUUGACCCCAGCCUACUUGCCAAGCCCUCCAAGAAGAAAUAAAUGUCAAAAACUACAAUUUGUGAUGUAACACAACAUUAAACUUUUCCAUUCUCGAUUUUUAAUAAAAAUUUUGACAGUAAA